CAGACAAGUGUCUCAGUCAGCACCGACAACAGGACCCAGGGCUCCGGGAUUUACUGAGCCGCAUUUGGCACAACACGCAUCCGUUUGGCUUUUUCCGAACACGACAUUUCGUAAAGAUGACCGUUGGCUGCGUCAUCCUGGCGGGCUUCUUACUUGUGGGCGCAUCCUCGGGGGGUAAGGCAGGACAGCCCCUUAAAGCCCCAUGCAGACCAGGGUUCUCCCAGAACUUCUACACAGUGAUUGUCUCCAGAGACCUCCUCCAUGGUCAGAGCAUUCUCAAAGAUACCACCCUGUCCAGUGAACGUGUGAAGUUUGAGGACUGUCAGCGCAGCAGAGAGGUGGGCUUUGUCAGCAGCGACCCCAGCUUCAGUGUGAGGCCUGAUGGGACGGUGUACGCGGAGCAGGAGGUGGCCAACCUGUCGGAGCCCGUCCAGUUCAUGGUGACGGCGCGGGGGCUGCACGACCUCCACAUCUGGGAGACCACAGUGAAGUUGGCAUUGGCUGGACACCCCCACCCUUUACCUCUGACAAAGGUUGGAAUCGAAGAAAUGCUGUCAAGAGUGUGGGACUCGCAGCCCAGAGUUAUCAGGUUCCCUCGAAAACAUCAGCGAAGUUCCUCUGCCAAUGGGCUGAGGCGUCAGAAGAGGGACUGGGUCAUUCCACCCAUCAAUGUGCCCGAAAACUCCAGAGGACCCUUCCCUCACAUGCUUGUCAGAAUCCGCUCAGAUCAGGACAAGGACGUCGGCAUCCGCUACAGCAUCACUGGAGCCGGCGCUGAUCAGCCUCCAAGUGGGAUUUACAACAUAGACCCCAUCAGCGGAAACAUGUUUGUGACUCAGCCUCUGGACAGAGAGGAGAGAGCCUCCUUCCAUCUGCGAGCGCAUGCAGUGGACAUGAAUGGUAACCAGGUGGAGAAUCCAAUAGACCUGUACAUCUAUGUAAUCGACAUGAACGACAACAGACCAGAGUUUCAGAAUCAGGUGUACAAUGGCUCUGUGGCAGAAGGAUCCAAACCAGGCUCAUCUGUGAUGCAGGUGACAGCCAGCGACUCAGACGACUCUACCACGGCGAACGGCAUGGUGCGCUACCGUAUCCUCUCGCAGACUCCUCACAGCCCCAUCCCAAACAUGUUCACCAUCAACAGCGAGACGGGUGACAUAGUAACAGUGGCAGCCGGUUUGGACAGAGAGAAAGUGUCCCAGUACACCAUCAUUGUUCAGGCCACCGACAUGGAGGGGAACUUGAACUUUGGUUUGUCCAAUACAGCUACAGCCCUGAUCAGCAUCACUGAUAUCAAUGACAAUCCCCCAGAACUGACAGUCAGGACGUUUUCUGGGGAGGUGCCAGAGAACAAGGUGAACGUGGUGGUGACUAACCUCACGGUGGUGGACCGGGAUCAGCCCCACAGCCCCAACUGGAACGCCGUCUACCGCAUUGUCAGCGGAGACCCAUCUGGACAUUUCACCAUCCGCACCAACCCCAUCACCAACGAGGGCAUGCUGACAGUGGUCAAGCCGGUGGAUUUUGAGAUGAACCGCGCCUUCAUGCUGACCGUGGUGGUGUCCAACCAGGCCCACCUGGCUAGCGGCAUCCAGUCCUCACUCCAGUCCACAGCAGGGGUCACCAUCUCCGUCCAGGAUGUGAACGAGCCGCCCGUCUUCCCUGUCAACCCCAAGUUGAUCCGCUUUGAGGAGGGGGUGCCCGCAGGGACCACCCUAACAGUGUUUGCUGCCCAGGACCCAGACCACUUCAUCCACCAGAUUGUCAGGUACUCCAAGCUCUCAGACCCAGCGAACUGGCUGAAGAUCAAUAGGACCAACGGUCAGAUCACCACAAUGGCUCUGCUCGACCGAGAGUCCAUGUACGUCAAAAAUAAUGUGUACGAGGCCACUUUCCUGGCCUUCGACAAUGGUAAGUCUGGUUCGCCUCAGGCCAGUGGGACUGGAACUCUCCAGAUUUACCUGAUCGACAUCAAUGACAACGCUCCGGUGUUGAUACCACGUGAGGCUCAGGUGUGCGAGCAUGCACGGCCCAAUUCGAGGAUCAACAUCACGGCCUCAGACGCUGACGCUGACCCCAAUGUCGGACCCUUUGUGUUCGAGCUGCCCUCAUUUCCUGCUAGCGUUCGCCGCAACUGGACUAUCUCCAGACUAAGUGGUGACUAUGCUCAACUGAGGCUGAGGAUUCCUUACCUGGAGGCAGGUGUGUAUGAGAUCCCCGUCAUUGUGUCCGACUCAGGAAACCCUCCCCUUUCUAAUCGCUCUACAAUAAGAAUCAAAGUAUGUCCAUGCGAUGACAACGGGGACUGUAGCACGACGGGGGCGGUGGCAGCUGCAGGCCUCGGCACUGGGGCUAUCAUCGCUAUACUCAUCUGCAUCAUCAUACUGCUCAGCAUGGUUCUGCUGUUUGUGGUGUGGAUGAAGCGUAGAGAGAAGGAGCGGCAGGCGAAGCCCCUGCUCAUCGACCCCGAGGACGAUGUCAGAGACAACAUCCUCAAGUACGAUGAGGAGGGAGGAGGCGAGGAAGACCAGGAUUACGACCUGAGCCAGCUGCAGCAGCCUGAGUCCCUGGACCACAUCAUCAAUAAGCCAGCAUCAGGAGUACGCAGAGUGGAUGAGAGGCCUGUGAUCGCUGAGUCACAGUACCCCGUCAGACCCAGCCUGCCUCACCCUGGAGACAUAGGAGACUUCAUUAAUGAUGGUCUGAGGGCAGCGGACAACGACCCCACAGCCCCUCCCUACGACUCCUUGCUGGUGUUUGACUACGAGGGCAGCGGUUCGACCGCGGGCUCCGUCAGUUCGCUGAACUCCACCAGCUCAGGGGACCAGGACUACGACUACCUCAACGACUGGGGCCCUCGCUUCAAGAAGCUGGCCGACCUUUACGGAGGAGGGGACGAUGACUGAGAGCAGGGCGGG